AUGAAUAAAGCACAUAAGAUUUUAGCUCCACUCGAAGAAUAUUUAGUAAAACUUGAAGAUUUCACCAUGGAUAAGCGUAUUGGCAAAGGUGGUUACGGCGAGGUGUGGUUAGCCACCCAUAAUAGGACUGGGCAAAAAUGUGCCGUUAAAAAACUCUUCUUGGAAGACCUAGAAGGCCAGAAUUUGAACUUUUUCGUUCGCGAGGUUACAAUUUUGGCUAGUUGCCAUGAUUUCUUCCUUUUACCAUUUAUAGGAUUCACAGAUUCCUGCCCAUUUACAAUUGUUACAGAGUUUGUUCCUAGCGGAUCUCUCUUUGAAGCAUUACAUCACAAACAUGGCGCUCCCACUUUGAGCGCAAGCAACAAAACUCUCAUUGCAAUCGGUAUUGCACAUGGCAUGAUUGAACUCCACAAGCAAAAUAUUAUACAUCGUGAUCUUAAAUCACUUAAUAUCUUACUUGACGAUAGAUUGCUUCCAAAAAUUUGCGAUUUUGGUAUUUCAAGAUUUGGUAACCAAGGAGAUGAUACAAUGACAAAAGAAAUCGGUACUCCCCACUGGAUGGCUCCAGAAAUCUUCGAAUCCAAUCAUUAUACUGAGAAAGUCGAUGUUUACGCUUAUGGAAUGAUUUUAUGGGAAAUGCUCACCGAGUCUGUCCCAUUUAGAGGCCGCACAGCCAUACAGGUCGCAACAGCAGUCGUUACAAAGAACGAAAGGCCGCCAAUUCCUUCAUCUUGCCCAGGAACUUUGCGCAAAUUGAUCCAACUCUGCUGGGAUCGCGAUCCUGAGAAGCGCCCCUCAUUCAAACAGAUAUACAAUACAUUCUGUGACAGGAAAGUCAUGUACAGAGACACAGAUCCACGUUCAAUUGCCGCAAUUAUGACAUUAAUCAAAGAACAAGAGACAAAACAGCAAAUCGAUCCUCUACAGCAUCUCAUCAGUCGUCGCGCUAAGAGUUCUGCCCCUAAUGCUCCUGUAAGAACUCGAAAUCGAGCAACAACUGUAAAUUUCAACGCAGCACCAGUCACAAACUUCGAAUACCCCAACUCUCCAGGUUCCAAUCCAUUUAUUAACCCACAGGAAGCCCCUGUUAUUCGCAAACCGAUUAGACAAUUACCUCCUCAAACAGAUCGAGCUCCCCACGGCUUGGAAAUACCACGCGGCAACUCCCAGCCGUAUAUUGCUAAUAACAGCAUUCCUUCCUCCCGUCAACAUCCUUCUCCGACCGGUCAAGGAAAUUCACAACCUUAUUCUCAGCCAAACAACGCUCCUCUACCCAACGAAGCCAAUAUUUUCCUUAAUAACGAUCCAUUGCCACCUCCUUCCCGCGCUAUCAACAACACAAGCUCUAAUUCACAACCUCAUUCAAAUCAUCAGCCGAAAUCUUCUCGAUACAGGAAUGAUUUAUCGAAUUUCCAAGCUCCUGACUUCCCUCAGAAGCUCCACCAGAUCAUAACUACCCUCACAAUCGAUGAAUCUCCAGAAGUAUUUCGCAUUUUGGCUCCUUACUUGAAACCAUCUGUUCCUAUGCAGACAACAACCUUAGUUCUUAGUGAAUUAGUUAGUUUGUUCCGUCGCGACAUCUCCUUCAUCAUUCCUUUCUGCCAACAGAACCUCCACAACGAAUUGCCAUUUCAUUACCAAGGAUUUAUUGUUUUUGACGCCGAAAUCAUCUUCGUCGCCAUCACCCAGAACAUCACACUUGUCAACCAGAACAUUAUGUCCUCAUUGGCAGCUUGUGUCGCCUCUUUCCCAGAGCAGAUCAUCAACGUUUUCGCAAAAUUCGCAUCGAAAAUAACCGAAAUGUCAGAUUUUGUUGUAAACAUUUUGACAAUUCUAUUUUCGAUGAGGAAUGAUUACGCGAACAUCCGCUUUGCAUUACACUUUGUUCGUAUCAUAUAUAACUUGUACAAAGACCACCAAUGGUUCCGCGAAAUGUCGGCAAAUGAUGUCGGAAACGUCAUUCUCCAAUUUUUCUCAAAUUCAGAUGUCCAAUUAUUAGUAGAGUUGUACAAUUUCGCGAUGACGUUCAAGGAAUUGAGACAAUUCGUUCCAUUGGAGAGAGUUGUCACACACAUUGGUUAUCCACCACUUUCUCCAAUUGCGAUUUCGUUUUUGAUUCAUUUGGACAAUAUCCCGUCAUCCAAACGAAUUGUUGCAGCUUUGUUGGCACUGGGACCAACAUUGGAAGUAACUCUUUUGCUGUGCAGAAUUGCGGAACAACAAGUAGGAGCGCAGAUCUUGUACGAACACACGGAAUGGAUGGACUUCCCGGCCAAUUUCAUGUUCAUGAUUUUGUCGAGUUUAUUCACUGUGAAAGCGUUUAGAAGGUAUUUCUCGGAACACCCGAAGUUCCCAGAAUUAAUGCUCGCAGCAUCUGAAUGCCUCGAUUUGAACGUGAGAAUGGCAAUCCCGACAAUAGUGAGAAGAGCUUCUUUGACAGUUGAUUUCGUCAUGAAACUGAAUCAGGUCAGAUUCAUCUCGAGAUACAUUCAACUCAGCAAAGACAGCAUCGAAGCAAUUUCCGGAUGCAUAAUGAUGUGCGACGCGUUGGCAAGAGUCUGCUACGUGUCUGGUUUCGAUGAUUUCAUCCCUCUGCUCCCGUCAAUGCUCGCGGAAUCAGGAACAGCUCUUCCGUCUCUUACUUUGACUCUCGUUCUGUAUUCGCACAAAGAAAUGAGAGAAAAAAUAAGAUUGAGCGGAGUUAAAGAAGUUUUGGUCGGAAUGAAGGUAACACCGAACUUUGAACAGUACAGAGCAGUUCUUCUUAAUCAGCUGAAUAAGGAUGAUGAGAAGAACUCUUAA